AUGGCAAACGACUCCGGUGUGGAUCCGAUAGGGGGCUCCUUCUAUGCCAAUCUUUCCAAACACAGCAAUUGUCUCACCGAGGGCGGGAAGAGCCACCCGAAGAAAAGUUCGUAUGAUAAUCUUAUCAACCCCCACACCUCCCCCGCGGGGGGAAUGGCCAACAAAUUCGCCAAACUCAACGAUUUGCCGCCGGGCAUGGCAAACCGCCCGAGCGGCGACGGCGUCCCCGCCGUGGACGAUGCGAACUCGAUCUUACAGCGCUACGACAGCGCGAACAAGCUCCAUCGGCAGUACUCCGUCUCCGGGCAAUUUCACUCCUACAACAACAUGAAUAUCCCGCGCAUGGUGGCGGCUUCGCCGGGGCCGGGGGCCUUUGCCCCGGGCUUCCCCCGCGGGGGGAUCUCCCCUUCCCCUCAGGGGCCGCCGAAUCUCAAACUCAACGCCCACACCGGCAACGUCUCCGGGCUGACCUCGCAAUCCCUGGAGCAGCGCCGCCUGGCGAGCGACCCGAAGCGGCGCUCCUUCCACGCCGGGAUGGAGGGGGCGAACACGCCCCUGCCCGUCCAUCCUACGCCGUUGGGCAUGCCCGUCACCAACCCGGCCUCCGGGCUCGAGCGCAAAGACAGCCAAAAGCGCGUCGGGAUGUAUUUUAAGAAGAUCAACAACGAAAAAGACGGGUUGGAGUACCGCAAGGAAGGGGAUACCGGGGAGUCCGCGCGGCAUGCGGACUACAAAUCCGACGCCACCUCGACGAUGUGUUAUGUGAAGCCGAUUUUGUUGUUUGACGGCGAGGGCGGCGGGAAGGACGGGGCGGGGCCCACGGUGGAGGUGGACGGCUGCACGGUCCGCUAUAGCCGGACCCCCAACGAGGAGAUCCACAAGUACGACAUGUCCGACCUUUUAUACGUCAAACUCGCCAGCGACGUCGAGGUCCAGAGCGACUCGCUCGACAUCAUCCGCGAGCACUUCGUCGGGGGGAGUAAUGUCGGGAUGAUCAUGGCGGAUAUGGACAACCCCGCCGCGGACCCCCCCGGGUGGUUUUCCUGGCUCGCCUUGAAAUACGUCGUGAAGGAGACCUUCGUCCGCCUGGACGGCGGGGCGGAGUUCACGAUGUCGGCCUGCCUUUUGCAGGAAGAUCAGGUGAUGGAUCUCUUUGAGACCGCGUCGAGCCCGUCGUUCGGGCCGCUGAAGGUGGCGGAGAGUCCGUUUUUCGGGAACGUCGCCCACGGCCUGACCUACAUCCUCGCCGGGAACGCCAAGGAGUUCAAUCGCUCGCUCGGGCAGGCCCUCGAGGUCGCCCGCACGCAGAUGGCCCGCACCAAAGACGAGGAGCAGGGGAUUGUCCUCGUGACCUGCCUGCUCAAACAGCUCCGCUCGACGCGCGAGGGGGGGUCGGAUGUCUGGAUCUCCUCCAUCUUCGCCAGCGGGGUCGGGGAUGGGAUUAUUCAUUACAAUCGAAUCCUUGACAAAAACCCGGCGGAGCCGCGCGCGGUCUUCUACGCCGCCCUGCAUCGCUCGAUCUACAGCACCGCCAUCUUCUCCACGGGGGAGUCCAGCCAGGGGUUAUACCAAUGCUUCACCACCCUCCAACGCUUUGGCAAGGUCGAGACGCGAAAACCGAAGGUUAACAGCGUCUCGAUGUUUAUCCAUUUCGCCGAAACCACGAUUUUAAAGAUGAAAGAGGAUAUCCCCACCAUGCAGAAUACACCGCGCUAUCCGAUGAUGGUGAAGUUCCUGGAGAAGAUGGAGAUCAUGCUGGUGGAUGCAAAGGAGAUGAUGGCGAACCCUCGAAGUUGCGUACCGAAAACGUAUACAUAG